UAUAAUUUCUCUUUCUCCAUCUUCCCAAAAAUUAAUUUUUGGGAGUUACUGGGGGUUUUCGACUAAAACCGUAAAAGAUUCAAAAAAUUGCUGUGAAAUUGAUCUAGACGUCGUCCUGUACGCGAAGAAGUGUGAAUUGUGUUCGAGAUAGUUCUUAAAAUUGAAAAAUGUCUAUUGUUUCUUCAGUAGCUUUCGUCCCUCGUGGAUACGCUGCAGAAUUCCCCAAGACUUAUGAAUUAGAUGAAGCUGAAUACGAAAGAAUCAACAAUAUUUCCAAGUUGAAGUUGGAAGACGCUCGUGCUCAGCUUGAGAACCCAGAUAAUGAACAGGAAAAGAGCGAAGAUGUAGCUACUGAAUCGAAAGAUCAGACGGCUUCCUCAACCGCAGGGGUUCAAACGGCAGAAGAAAUAGACGAUGAACUCAAGGAAUACCAGUUGGAUAAUUACGACGAGGAGGAUGAGGAAGAACAAGAUGAUAGUUUGUCGGCAUUUAGCAAUAUUAAAGGAAUUCAAUACCACGAAAAUGGAGAAAACGAUCCUUACGUGACAAUGGAUGCACAGGAGGAAGAAGAAAUGGAGCGUGAAGAGAUGCAAAUUUAUCCUACAGACAACCUUUUGUUGGCUGCACGUACAGAGGACAACAUGUCGCACGUCGAAGUAUAUUUGUACGAAUCAGAAGAAGAAAAUCUUUAUGUUCAUCAUGAUUUUCUUCUUCCAUCCUUCCCUUUGUGUUUAGAAUGGCUAGAUUACAAAGUUGGUACUUCUGACGAUACACCAGGAAACUAUGUGGCAGUAGGAACAUUUGAUACUGAAAUCGAAAUUUGGAACUUGGACGUGGUCGAUGCAGUCUACCCAGCUGCUGUUCUCGGUGCAAGUGGUGCAUCUUCUACUUCGACUAAAAAAAAGAAGAAGGCUCCCAAAGUGAAUCCUGAAACCCACACCGAUGCUGUUCUUGCUCUUUCUUCAAACCGAAAUGCUCACAAUCUUUUGGCAUCUGGUUCUGCAGAUUCCAGUAUUAAACUUUGGGAUUUAGCCUCUUGUACUUGCGUUAAAUCUUUCACUUAUCACACGGAUAAAGUUUCUUCUUUAUCCUGGCAUCCCAAGAUGCCCUCUGUGUUGCUUUCUGGUAGCUAUGAUAAGACAGCCAGAAUUGCCGAUUUGCGUGCUGAUGCUGCUCCUUUAACGAUUACUAUUGACAGUGAUGUUGAAAACGUGGCUUGGGACCCUCACAAUGAAAACAAUUUCUACAUCGGUUCUGAUGCUGGUAUAUUGUACUAUUGUGAUGCUAGAGAUAUGAGCAAACCUGUUUGGCAACUGCAAGCUCACGAUGGUCCUAUUUCUUGUAUGAGCGUCAACGCUAACAUCCCUAACCUGAUCGCUACCGGUUCAACCGAUCGAAUGGUCAAAUUAUGGAAUACGUCCGAUAACACCCCCAAGCUGGCGGUUUCUCGUGAUCUUGACAUCGGUCGUGUGUUUACUUGCGCUUUUAUUCCUGACGAACCUGUUGCUUUCCAGUUGGCUGCUUCCGGAAGCAAAGGCCUUGUUCGUGUUUGGGAUACCGCAACUAAUUCUGGUGUGAGAAGAGCAUUUGACACCCGUGUCAACAAAGACUCUGCUUCUACUAAGGAACGGGUUGUUCAAUUAGAGGACGCAGCUGCCAAUGAUGAAUCGGACGAAGAUGAUGAAUAUGAGGACAUUGAAGCAAACGACGAAGAUGAUGAUUCUGCCGACGAUGUUGAAGAUCAAGAGAUGGCUUAAUUUUUAAACUAAUCAUCAUUUGAUUCGGAAUAAUUUGCUUUUAUUUUAAAUUGGCAUAGGUGUUGUGUAUCAGAAGUUGAGUAGACGUCUUGUUAAUUAUUAACAUUGCAAUGUGAUUUGCAAAUGGUAAAUAUGGGAUUUUUUUGGUUAGAGUCAAUAAAGGAUUGUUAAUAUUUUCUUCUUUAAUUAAUUUGAACGUAUGUG